CUCGCUAUCUCUCUGGUCUCUCGUUUGAUUCUGGACAAAGGUCGUAUCGCUUCCAGGACCCGAUAUCUUCCUCAUCUUGCUUGUCCCCUCCAGAUAAGUGCUUGCGCCAUGGUUGCGCCCGCAGUGCCCGAGAUCUAUGAGGAGGAGGACAUCUACGCCGCUGUCGAUGCACGCACGGAAUCCCUUCAGAAUCUUCGAGAAUUAGGUCCGCCCGACUUGGUUUAUUUGGUCAAACAGCCCAAGACCAGUUCCCAUCGUCAGACCGGAGUCUACCACCAUGUCACGGGUGUCGACGCUUCAUCCUCCGCUAGCUUGGCCGCCUAUGUCAACACUCUCACAUUCUCCCCGCUGGACAAGACACACAAAGUCGUUUCGGGAAUCUACUGCUGCUACAAUGCUUUCUCCCAUCUCGAUAUGCGCGUGGAAGUGAAGAUACCCGGAAGUUUGGAAAGUUACUGCAUCGACGAGCGGGGCGACAAGCGCGUUGCGACGGAGGCCUUGUGGCUGGAAACCUUCCUCUGCGCGAUUCUGAGAGCAUACACCUAUGCGGAUGAUGGCAGCGGCGAUGCCAUUCGCAAGAUUGUGGGGGUGCGGCGGUUCAAUCCCGUGACGAAUACUGAGAUGGAGCACAAAUUUCUGGAUGCAGCGGAGAGACUGUUCUUCCUAGGCCGACAGCUGAGUUCCGACCCGGAGACGCAAGUACCCAACACGGUCAGCAAUCAUCUCACCUCGGGUCUUCUGAAGUAUAUCCAGACCACGGGCCGCUACACUUCGGGAAUCAACCUCUUUGAAAAGCUCCGCACACGAGACGUCGAAGUAUCUUCACUGUUAGCCAAGGUUAUGAUAAUGGCUGAUGAGGAGGUGCAAGCGGUUCGGUUAAUGUUUGACGCGCUGCAGGAUGUACCGAUGGACUACGCCCUCCUUGACUGCCAAGCGGCGUUCUGCCAGAGCAAAGGUGAGGGGGAGAUGGCCUUGGAGUGCGCGAAGCGGGCGGUCACAGCUGCGCCUAGUGAAUUCAGCACCUGGGCCCGGCUGGCUGAAGUAUAUGUCGGACUGGAGCAGUGGGAUCUGGCGCUCUUGACUCUGAACUCGUGCCCCAUGUUUACAUACCAAGAUAAAGACACCCCACGCAUGCCUCAACCGACGCGCAUCAUGCUGCCUAUUCUCGCUGAGAGCAUGCUAGAGGAGAUCGACGAAGGGCAACCGCGACAAGGCGAUCCCGCCGACUACGUUCAUCCCUCUUUGCGCCGUCUCCACGCGGCCGGCUACCAAGGGACCUUCCUGAAAGCCUACAACCUUCUGACCAAGGUCGCGGCAGCUAUUGGCUGGGACCAGCUGCUCAAAAUCCGCAGCGAAGUGUUCGUUAUGGAGGAGGAAUAUCGCGUUGAGCGCCAGCACUCUACCUCCAAGCACACGCGCUCCAAUACCCGCACUUCGGCGGAAUUCAACGGGGGCGACGGGCAGGAUGAUGAUGACAACACCCACGGCAACACAGCGAACACUGACGGGGCCGAGAGGGAAGAGGGAGACUCCCCCAACGGCCUCAAUGACGAAGAGCCUGAGAGUUCGAUCGAAAAGCCCGAGCAAUCAAUGGCAUCCGAAGUCAUCAAGUCUGGAAACGAAGACCCGGACCCGAGCCACUCCGCCUACACGCAGUUCCGCAACAAACGCCUCUGCGAGCGCUGGCUUGACAACCUCUUCAUGGUCCUCUACGAGGACCUCCGCAUCUACACGAUCUGGCGCACCGAGAUGGCGCAGUACCGCCAACAGGCCAUUGAGUACAAGAAAUCCGCGACGGAGUGGGAGAUCCUGGGCGAACUCGCCGAGCGGCUGCACCACUUUGACGAAGCGAUCGAGGCCUACCAGCACUGCCUGGCCAUCCGGUUCGCGCCUAAGGCGAUGCGCGGAGUCUUGAAGCUGUACGAGAAGAAGAACGAUACCCGGGGGAUGUUGGGUUCGCUGAUCCGUCUGAUCGCGUGGCAGUAUCGGUGGUAUUCCGAGUUUUCCCCGGAACUCCUCUUCCUCAUCCGCAAACUUAUCGAGGAUGAAGGCGCCGUCAAGGUCCGGAGCAUCGUGCAGGCCACGAACCUGCCGCAACCCGUUCUGGAUCUCACGCAUCAGUACUGUCAACUGUGCGCGACAUUCCGGAGCAGUGGGAGCGAUGGUUAAUUAAUUAUGGGAUUUGCUGUGGGGAGGUAGACCAACGCAAGGGGUUUGCAGGGGGGGUUUUGCGCACGGGUGAUUAUUCGCGGGGACAAAGAACCAACCUGAG